GAACUGUUGGGGCUUCAUAGUGAACCUUAUCAAAAUUUGUAUUGUUCUUCAAAUAGCCUUUCACAAUAUUUACCUACUUACUACCACUAAGCCGCAGUCUGACGAAUAGUGGAGAAAUUAUCAAGUAUUUAACUUAGUUUUACAACCAAUUGUGCGUGCAUAUUAGAAUAAGAUAAUGUCUUCUCAGUAAGAUCAUUGACCAUUAUAUUGUGUUUCAUGUUGAAAUUAUUGAAAUAUGACGGGAACGAAGAAUGGAGAAGAAUCCCAAAUGUCAAUUUUCAAGGCGAAUGGAUCAGCAAUAACUAAUGGUGAAUCGGAACAUCUUUCAUCAACAGAAAUUGUCAAAAAGCGAAGAAGAACUUAUUCAAGAUGGUCACCAACUGAUGAAGGAGUAACAUUGGCAUGGAACAACCUGUCUGUUUAUGCACAAUCGAAAAAACAUGGAAAACCUUUCCUGAAGCGUAUCAUAAAUGGAGUAAGUGGAGCUAUAAAACCCGGAAGCUUAGUAGCCCUGAUGGGUUCAAGUGGUGCUGGAAAAAGUUCGCUUAUGUCAUCAUUAGCAUAUAGAACUACAGCUGGUCUUCGAGUUGAUGGUGAUAUAUUGAUCAAUGGAAGAGAGAUUGGAGAUUACAUGAGACAUUUAAGCGGUUUCAUGCAUCAAGAAGACAUAUUUCUACCGUAUUUGACAGUCUGGGAACAUAUGAAUAUAAUGGCGAAUUUGAAACUCGAUAGAAGAUUGUCUCCUUGGGAGAAGACGAAUAAAAUAUAUGACAUCCUGAGGCACCUAGGCCUACUCAAGUGUCUGCACAGCAGAAUUGGAGGUAUCGAUCAAAAUAAAGCUUUAUCAGGAGGAGAAAAGAAGCGAUUGGCAUUUGCGACUGAACUCAUCACUGAUCCAGAAAUCCUCUUCUGCGACGAACCCACCACAGGUCUAGACUCUUAUUCUGCACAAAAACUGGUCACGAUCAUGAACAGUAUGGCUGCACAAGGCAAAACGAUUGUCAGUACUAUACAUCAGCCAUCUUCAGACAUAUUUGCGAUGUUCAGUCAGUUGAUCCUGGUAGCAGAUGGCAGGAUCGCUUACAUGGGAUCCACUGGACAUGCAUUAGAUUUUUUUGAAAGGAUGGGGUACAAAUGUCCAAGCUCUUUUGGUCCAGCAGAUUUCUUCAUCAAAACCAUAUCUGUUACUCCUGGAUACGAGGAUAACAGUAGGCAAACUAUAAAGAGAAUUUGUGAUAACUACAUCGUCAGCGACUAUGCCAAAGAAGUUGAAAUUGUGAUGCAGUACGAGUUCCACAUCGGUAAAACAGUCGUGGAUAGACGAUAUGAGCUGAGGAAAGAUUUCAAAGCAGUGUACUGGCAUGUCAAGCUGUUCUGGCUCAUCCACAGGUGGUUUCUAGAAAUACUGAGGCAACCUUCCUUCACAUUGUGGAAACUUUUUCAAAGACUGAUUAUUGCAUUGAUCGUCGGACUCUGCUACUUCGGGACCAAUGCUCGUUCACAAAGUGGAAUACAGUCAGUCCAAGGAAUUAUUUUUAUGUUCGUCACUGAGAACACUUUCAAUCCGAUGUAUUCGGUACUGGCGCAGUUUCCCGAAACAAAGCCUCUUUUCCUGAGAGAAUACAAAUCGGGGCUCUACAGUCCUUCGUUGUACUAUGUGUCAAGAAUACUUGCUCUGAUUCCAGGAUUCAUCGUCGAACCAAUGCUAUUCGUCGUGCUUGCUUAUUGGUUAUCUGGAUUGAGAGCGUCAUUUUAUGCAUUCAUGAUGACAACUUUAAUAACUGUCCUCACAAUGAAUGUGUCUUCUGCAUGUGGUAUAAUGUUCUCUAAUGCAUUUGCAUCAGUUCCCGCUUCCUUGGCCUACCUAGUUCCAUUCGACUACGUUCUGAUGAUCACUUCAGGAUUAUUCAUCAGACUGAGCACCCUACCGAGUAUAUUGACGUGGACGAAGUAUGUGUCUUGGAUGAUGUACUCAACCGAAGCAUUGAGCAUUCUUCAAUGGCAAGGAGUAUCAAAUAUUACAUGCGAGAAUGAACUACCAGGAGUGCUCUGUAUAACCGAAGGUACAGCUGUCCUAGAGAAAUACAGUUUUGCUGAAAGAAGACUCUCCCAAAACAUAUGGGGUUUGGUGAUCCUAAUGUUUAUUUUCUAUAUAUUGGGUUACUUUCUCUUGUACAGGAAAGUAAAGAAGCUUUGAAGUAGUUCUUGAUGAUGUGUAACACCUAGAUAAUUUCGAAUCGGUAACAAAGAAGAUAUAUGUGAGAGGACUGGAAAAUAA